AUGUCCUUCUACCUCCCCACCGCCACGUACCGGACUACAGACCCGGUGGACAACCUCCGGCUUCGCGUCGAACUCCGCAAGACUGGCACGCUCCGCCGGGCGGCGCCGCUCACACAGGAAGAGGGGCUAGGGCCGGGCAAGGAGGGAACAGCCGCGGCCGCGGCGAGGCCGCGACGACGGCGCGAGCGCGACAAGGAGGAGCGCGCGGGGAGGGUCUCCGACUCCGACGACGAGGCCGGCACUGGCACGGACGACGAGGCAGAGGAGGGUGGGAGGGCGCUGCUGCCUCCGCCAGCCAAGGGGCUGCGGAGCGAGGAGGACGAGCCGGACCGGCUGAUAGCGAGCACGGAUUUUGCGUGGCAGCAGAAGGUGUUUGGCACCCUCGAGGUGGCUCGCAUCCGGCGCGGCGGAUCCCCUGGUCAGCCUCAGAGCCGCUCGGGCCGCCGACCCGACAACAUACGGCAGGCGGUCGAGCGGGACACCCUCGCGGCACUGGACGCUGAGGCACAAACGCGUGGCGAUGGAGCGUACGAGGGGCAGCUUCUCUACUCGCGGGUCCAGUCAGAGGGCCUCGCGGACGAGUCCACCCUCGAAAGUCGCUUCACGACCUCGUCGAAUGAGGACCUCGCUGGCGCCCCGAGCAGCGUUGACAUGUCAAUACUGGCAGAGCUACCUGCGGACGAGCUGGCUAGCGGCGCCGCCGGCCGAGGUCGACCCGAAGCCGCGCGGUUGGGCCGCCGCAGCAGGCGCCGCGGCGGCAGCGAGCCGGCGGCGGGAGGGGAGGUGGGGCAAGGCGAGGCGAGGGCGCAGGGGCGGCUCCGGGUCGUCACGCUGGCCACGCUGCGCUUCUUCCCGACUGGGAGGCUGGACGUGCGCCCACCGCUCAACGAGCUUCCACCGGUGGGCGCUGCGGGCCUCGACGCCAGGACGGAUGCCGAGGCUGGCGCCGACACCGUAGCCGACGUGGUGCUAGAUCGGGACGCGGAUGCGCCAUGGUACCGGAUCGGCAGCUCGAGGUACGAGUUUCGUCUGUGGAACCUCUCUGAGCGACCCCUGGAGGGCGACGACCCUCCCGGCACCACCUCGCUCCUCGUGUCCGCCGACCCUCGGCCGGUCCUUCAGGCCGGUGGUCUACCUCCUCUCGCCGUGCCAGAUUUUGCCCUGCCGCCUCCGCCAGCCGCGCGGGUGCUUCACCUCGUCGAGAUCCAGUCGCUGACGGGGUUCGGCACGGGCCGCCUCUGCGUUCAGUACUUUGCGUCCGCCUCCCCAGGCUGGAGACUGCUCCCCGCGUCCGCCGCUUCCACUGGCUCGACGCAGGAACGCUCACCCGCAUGA